UUUUUAAAAAUAUUUAUUAUAAAAUUAAAAAUUCAAGACAAAAAGAGAUGCCAUUUAUUAUGAAAAUAGAAGAAAAUGUUGAAGAUUGGAAUAUAAAUUUAGACGUAAAAAGAAGAGAAGUUGAAUUAACAAAUAAUGGUUUUGCUAGUUUAUUGUCUUCAAAUAAAAUAGAAAUUAUUUGGGGAAUAAUUAAUUUAGGUUAUCCACCACGAAAUGUUGCCUAUACAAUUAAUUAUUAUACACAAAUUAUAAUUAAAGAAAAAAUGGAAAUUGGUUAG